AUGCCCGCAUCGCAAAGUGGAAUUGGCAGCUUUUUCUUGGAGCGGAACAUCAGCAGCAUGCCGACUGGAUAUCAGAUCCCGGUGCUGGGAUGCCCGCCGGGUGUGCAGCAGCAACAACAGCAGCAUCUGGCCGCGAUGGCAGCUGGAGUUCCCAUAACGUACUCAGGACUACAGGGAUACAACUUCAUCCCGUAUGCGCACCACAGGCACAUCGCACACAUGAACAACGCUUUCGACUUGAAGGCCGCCUCUCCCUACCAUCACGCGCUGCUGGCACGCGGGGGUGCGUUUUACCCGCCGUAUCGCCCCGGAGCAGCCGAGGACCCGGGCAGAGUCGCCAAAGUGGCCACCCGAGAGAGCACCGGGGCACUGAAGGCCUGGCUGAACGAGCACUUGAAGAACCCGUAUCCAACCAAAGGCGAGAAAAUCAUGCUCGCCAUCAUCACCAAAAUGAGCCUCACGCAGGUGUCCACGUGGUUCGCCAACGCGAGGCGGCGCCUGAAGAAGGAGAACCGCGUGAGCUGGGCGUGUAAGGGGAAAUCAGACGAGGAGGAUGACGAGCAGGAGGGAGAGAGCGACGAUGCGGACAGCUCCGUGCAGAACUGUCACCUGGAUGACGAGGAUGCGCCUCAAAGUGAGCGCGCAGACACAGCUGAGCGCGCGGACAGCUCUGUGGAUUUGGAGAUGCCGCAGCAGCAGCCGAGCGGCCAGGAUCAGGACAGGGAACUUGCACUUGUCAAGAAGGUUGAAAAGAGCGACUCUGAUCACACAAUAGCCGCUCUGGAGAGCAAAGAAAACACACAGAAACCCAAAAUCUGGUCUUUGGCUGAGACUGCCACGUCAGAGACCGUGAAGAAACCCGCGGACAGUAUUUACCAUCCGGCCGGGAAACUGUGGGCAGAGUGGGCCUCAAGAAACGGGCUGUUUGUCCCGUCAUGUUACACCACUCAUGAAAUAGUCUAAACUGGCGUUUAGACACAAACGAAAGACAUUUCUCCUCAUCUUUUUGCACUUUAAACUUUCAAACCUCAGGGAUUUAUUUGGUGGUUAAUUCCUGAAGUUUGCAGUGAAAUGAAAAUUGAGACCAAAGACUGUUAUAAAUGUAAAUAAAUGUAGAUGUAUUUUUCCAUCACCGGCAUGUAAAUUAUGUUUCCUUUGUUUAUUCAUGAAGAAGUAUUUUUGCUUAAAUAAAGUUCAGC